UACAGGCUGGAGCGGCAGCUGCAUACUGCAUUUCCCUGAAGUGUUACAUGAUUUGCACUCCUUGCAAACUUUAUCAUCUGUGUUGCAGUGCGUCGGAAAUCAAUAUGCAGAGCAGGGGUACAAUCAAAUGCAUUCGAUCUCUCUUGCAAUUUCUUCUGCUCUGGGUGCUUAUCGGGAAGUCACACACUGAAGAAGACAUCAUAGUUACAACCAAGAGUGGAAAAGUCAGAGGGAUGAACUUGCCAGUUCUUGGUGGCACAGUAACGGCCUUUCUUGGCAUUCCCUACGCACAGCCACCUCUUGGUAGUCUUCGAUUCAAAAAGCCACAGUCCUUGACUAAGUGGUCCGAUAUUUGGAAUGCCACAAAAUAUGCCAAUUCUUGCUAUCAGAACACAGAUCAAAGUUUCCCAGGCUUCCUUGGAUCAGAGAUGUGGAACCCAAACACUGACCUCAGUGAAGACUGUUUAUAUCUGAAUGUGUGGAUUCCAGCACCCAAGCCAAAAAAUGCUACUGUAAUGAUAUGGAUCUAUGGUGGUGGUUUUCAAACUGGAACAUCAUCUUUACAUGUUUAUGACGGCAAGUUUCUGGCUCGGGUUGAAAGAGUUGUUGUAGUUUCAAUGAACUAUAGGGUGGGUGCCUUAGGAUUCUUAGCCUUACCAGGAAAUCCUGAGGCACCAGGGAAUAUGGGUUUAUUUGAUCAACAGUUGGCACUUCAGUGGGUCCAAAAAAAUAUAGCAGCCUUUGGUGGAAAUCCUAGAAGUGUAACUCUCUUCGGAGAAAGUGCAGGAGCAGCUUCAGUUAGCCUACAUUUGCUUUCUCCUAGAAGCCACUCAUUGUUUACCAGAGCCAUUCUGCAAAGUGGAUCCUCUAAUGCCCCUUGGGCAGUAACAUCUCUUUAUGAAGCUAGGAACAGAACAUUGACCUUAGCUAAAUUUGUUGGUUGCUCUAGAGACAAUGAAACUGAGAUAAUCAAAUGCCUGCGAUAUAAAGAUCCCCAGGAAAUUCUUCUGAAUGAAGUAUUUGUUGUCCCCUAUGAUACUCUCUUGUCAGUAAACUUUGGUCCAACUGUGGAUGGUGAUUUUCUCACUGACAUGCCAGACACACUUCUCCAACUUGGACAGUUCAAAAAAACCCAGAUCUUGGUGGGUGUUAAUAAAGAUGAAGGGACAGCAUUUUUAGUAUAUGGUGCUCCUGGUUUCAGCAAAGAUAACAACAGUAUCAUAACUAGAAAAGAAUUUCAAGAGGGUUUAAAAAUAUUUUUUCCAGGAGUGAGUGAAUUUGGAAGAGAAUCGAUCCUUUUCCAUUACAUGGACUGGUUAGACGAUCAGAGAGCUGAAAAUUACCGUGAGGCCUUGGAUGACGUUGUUGGGGAUUACAAUAUCAUAUGCCCUGCCCUGGAGUUCACCAAAAAGUUCUCAGAAUUGGGAAGUAAUGCCUUUUUCUACUAUUUUGAACACCGAUCCUCCAAACUUCCUUGGCCAGAAUGGAUGGGAGUGAUGCAUGGUUAUGAAAUUGAGUUUGUCUUUGGUUUACCUCUGGAAAGAAGAGUUAAUUACACAAAAGAUGAGGAAAUUUUGAGUAGAUCCAUUAUGAAACGCUGGGCAAAUUUUGCAAAAUAUGGAAAUCCAAAUGGGACCCAGAGCAAUAGCACAAGAUGGCCUGUCUUCAAGAGCACUGAACAAAAAUAUUUAACCUUGAAUACAGAGUCACCAAGAGUAUACACCAAACUACGAGCUCAACAAUGUCGAUUCUGGACACUAUUUUUUCCUAAAGUCUUGGAAUUGACAGGAAAUAUUGAUGAAGCAGAACGAGAAUGGAAAGCAGGAUUCCAUCGCUGGAACAAUUACAUGAUGGACUGGAAAAAUCAAUUUAACGAUUACACUAGCAAGAAAGAAAGCUGUGCAGAUUUUUGAAGCUUUCAAAGACAGAGCGUGAGUACCAUGUCCUCCAUCUCAGUUCACCUGGUCUUACCGCCAUUUAGCGAGGAAGCUAUUCACUAAAUCUUCGAGUAGAUUGAAGGCUACCAAGGAAUACCUCAAAUUCCAGAGCACCAAAGGUUCUUGAUCAUUCACUGGCACUACUAUAUGGAAUUCUACCACUUCAUGUACAUUUUUCAGUGCCUGCAAAACAUUCUAACUUUUUCUAGGAUGUCUUUUAAUCAUCUCUUCAACCUCUUUUUGACUGUUACUAUCCCUUAGAAGAACAAAAAUUUAAACUAUUAUAUGUUAAUGUCCUAAUGAAAAGUAUUUGAUUUAUCCAUUACCAUUAUCAGUCUAAUGCAUGGGGUGUCAACUUUAGUAAAGUGAGUCUGGCUUGGAUCCCAUCUAAAGAAACUCAGUGGUAGAAUGUUUUGGGACAUUGUCCCAUUUAAGUUUAGGCAGAGAGAACAAAUGAGAAGGGCCUAGGGAGAACUUCUCCUCAUGUACUGUGCUGAGGGAACAGCCAGGACGCCUAAGCUGCUGGAGGAAAUAAGGGAGGGUGGUAGGAGAUGAGGUCAGGAAGUGAGGAGAGGGGCAGAUUGGAAGCCAUUGCAGGGCUCUGAGCAAAUGAGUAAUGGAAUCAUGAUCAUACUUUAUUUUAGAAGGAUCACUCUGGUUCCUUGGAGGCUAGAUGAUACGAAAGCAAGAAUGAGUAUAGUUUAAUUAUUCCAGGCAAGAGGGAAGAGUAGCUUAAACUAGGUAGAAGAUGUGGAGAGGUAAGAGGUGUUAUAUAUCUUAUAUUUCUAAGCAACAGCCAACAGGACUUGCCAAAAGACAGAGAGGAGUAAACAAUAAAUACAAGAUUUUCUGCCUAACUAACUGGUUGAAUGGAUUUAUCAUAUUCUGAGACAGGGAAAGCUGUAGGUUCAGCAGGUCUAAAUAGAGAAACUAGAGUUUGUUUCAGGGCAUGUUGACUUUCAGAUGCCUAUUAGAUAGCUCAGAAAGAGACAGAGACAACACUUUGUUAAAUGAGAGUACAGUUUAGGGGAGAUGUCCAGAUUAGAAAUAUAAAUUAGGAUGUUUCCAGCAUAAGUAUGGUACAUAAAGCCGUAGAACUGAAGGAGAGUACCUAGAAAUUGAGUGUAAAUCUGGACAGAGCAGAGCCAGCACUCCAGCACUGAGACUUAAUUUGAUGUUUAAGUCUCUGUUCAGAUACAGUGCUUAUUGCCAGACCUUGAUAAAACAACUUCCCUUACCAACCUUGACUCGUCUCUCAUUCAUCUGUAGCUCAACAAAAUCUUUCUUCAGGAAAAGUAAACCAAGCCUUUUUAUAGCUGAGAAAAUCUUUUGGUUGCCUUCACAAGUAAAUAAAUAUUUGGUUGAAUUUAUACCACAAUUUAAAUAUAUUUUCCUCAACUCCAUAGAAUUCUCUACAGAUUAAAAGUCUAAGAACAACUAGAUUUUUGUUUCCAUGAAUAUAAUCUACAGCUUCUCUUUGGAUGCUUGCAAGAGUUAUACAUACAUGCACAUAUACAUACAUGCAUGCAUACAUAUAAUUCACAGGCUAAAUAAUGGCCUCCCAGAAGACAUCCACUUCCUAAUCCCUGGAACUUGUAAGUGUUACAUUAUAUUGAGUAAAAAAAUUUUGCAGAAGUGAUUAAGUUGAAGAUCUUGAGAGGGGGAGAUAAUAUUGAAUUAUCCAGGAGGGUACUAAAGGCAAUCAGAUGUAUCCUUACAAGAGAGAGGCAGAGGAAGAUCUGACCCACAGAAGAGGAGAAGGCAGUGUGACCACAGAGGCAGAGAUUGGAGUGAUGCGGCCACAAGCUAAAGAAUGCUGGCAGCCACCAGAAGUCAGAAGAGACAAAGAAUGAAUUCUUCCAUGGAGCCUAUGGAGGGAAGGUGGCUCUGCUGACACCUUGAUUUUGACAGUGAAACUGAUUUCAAAUUUCUAACCUCUAGAACUGGGAGAGAAUAUGUUUCCAUUAUUUAAGCUGUCAAGUCUGUAUUAACUUAUUACAGCAGCUGUAGGAAACUAAUACAUAUAUAUAAAAUUUCACCCAGAUAUAUCUAAAUAUUAUUUAUCUAACAUAUUUUUCCCUAGGUUUUCAAAGGUAUUUUCAAUCUGCCAGUUAAUGUAUAUCUUCAUUUGGUGAGAGUUUUCAUAUAUCUGUCUUUGUUAUUUUUGCUCUGUCUGCUCUGUUCUCAACUCCUAUAGUAUUAUACAUGAGUCAGAUUACCUAAUCUGGCCCACUUUAGCCUCACUUUAGUUUUUCUUUAUUCCUUUCCUCAAAAGUACUCUAAUUUGGGAAAAUUUCCUUCCAGUGUUUGCUCCUCCUCUCAGAUUUGUCUUCUAAAUCAAAUUCAUUAUUUUUAUU